GUGGGCCAUGAUGGGGCGACGCCUGAAAGCUCCUGGCUCCUGGAUGAGAUGACAAUCAUCGUGCCCACCAAAGGCGUCAUGUACACCUUUGUCUGUAAAUGCUGGCUGGCCAGGGACAUGGGCGACGGACUUACCUCACGAGUCUACAACAUCCUGGAUGCCGAUUGUGUCUUCAUUGGCCUGAAGAUUCUCUACGAAGUGACCGUUGUGACUGGAGAUCUCCCAGGCGCUGGUACGGAUGCCAGUAUUUACAUCAUGCUCUUUGGAUGCAAUGGGUGUACCGAAGAAAUGCAGCUGGAAAAGGAUGGAGAUCGAUUUGAAGUUGGCCAAACGGAUAUUUUCAUCAUGGAGAUUCCAGAUAUCGCUCCCUUAAGGAAGAUGAGGAUACGGACGGAUGGGGAAGGAUAUCGUCCCGAUUGGUUUCUAGAACAGAUCGUCAUGAAAAACCUGACGACCCAAGAGGUAACCACCUUUACGUACAACGAAUGGCUGUCCUUGGAGCUGGGAGAGAACCAUACUUUGGAAUGGGAGAUGCCCGCAGUGAUUAACGAGGAGCAGAUGAUGCAGUAUACCACGUACACGGUUCAGGUGAAAACCAGUGACACGAAAGGUGCCGGAACGGAUGCCAACGUAUUCAUCAUUAUCUUUGGAGAGAGCGGGGACACGGGGACUCUGGCUCUGAAGAAGUCCAAUCAGUCCAACAAGUUUGAGAGGGACCAGAUGGACGUUUUCUAUUACUCAGACAUCCUCAGUCUCGGGGACCUCUGCAAGGUGCGCGUCUGGCACGACAACAAAGGAUUCGGACCUGGCUGGCACCUGGAAUACGUUGAGGUGGAAGACUCUCUCAUGGAUAAGUCCUUCCGUUUCCAGUGUGACCGCUGGCUGGCUAAGGGCGAAGACGAUGGGCAGACCAUCCGAGAACUGGCUUGUGCCAACAAUGACAUCCUGGAACUGAAGGAGCGCACCACAUACGAGGUCCUAACGAUGACUACUGAUCUGGAGGAUGCAGAGACCAAGGAGAACAUCUGGAUUAUUCUCGAGGGCAAGAAGGGACGUUCCAAAGAGUUCCUGUUGGAGAACUCAACCAAAAAAAGGAGGUUUUUAAG